CGCGUUCCUCGAUUCAUGGCGUCGAAGCGCGAUGCCACCAAUCCUCUGCUCGCCUCUACAACCACGAAGUCCACGAAAAAGAAGGAUCAGGCUAACAACACCCUCAAGCGGAAAAACGCGGAGGAGCAGCCCAGUGGCCUUCUCAUUGUUCGCGCCAGCCGCGACCAACCGCAAACACCUGUGGCUGGCCCCAGUAAUACUAGCCAACCGUCCAAGAAGUUCAAGGCAACAACUGAAUCUUCUGGGACGCGUCCAGACACCGGCGAGCAAUCCAACAACUUCUCGCUACGGGAUACUUCGACGGCUGAAAAGCGACCGGAGAAGGACAAAGGCAAGGGGAAAGCAAAGUCAAAGCCCCCAAGCUCCAAAUCCAAAUCUCAGUCGAUGGUUCUGGACACGGAGGAACCACUCAUGGAUGGUACCCCCCAGGCGGAGAGAAACAAGGCGAUGCGGGCUCCAGCGAUGGCAGCUAUUGCACGAAGCAGGAAUGGAGACCUCUCGAGAGCAAAGACACCAGAAACCCAUCUCGACCACGAUAAUCCCACACCCCCAAGCCACAAGCGACAAAACUCACGGGGAAAACGAAUAAGCAACUCAUUUAAGGCAGGCUCUGCAGUUUUGCCACACCCUGAAGUCGAUUCCCGCAGCUUUUAUAAGCAUAUCGACCAUUCAUUACCUCCCGCCGAACAACUUCGCCAACUUGUCACUUGGAGUGCCGCCCGCGCAGCUACCCUUGUCUGCAAUCCUACUCCAUCGUCACCAUCAUCUUCCAAAGCUCCUCCUACUGUCCCCCCGACUGACGUCGACGCAAUUUCCACAAUCUCUCAGAACAUCCUCCACAAACUACUGGAGCGCCGCAUUGACCUUUCACUAUAUCGACCCGAGGAUGAUGGGGCAGUCCCACAGGGGACCAACGCUCAGAAUCAAAGGAAUCUCCAGUUCCAAGUCGAUUUCAACCGAGACAUCACACAGAUGUCUCGUGAACACGACAGUUGGGUCAAGCAAACAGACAUUUAUACCGACUUUUCCGACUCCUCGCGACGGCUGCUGGAAGAGCGCUAUCGACCACAAAACUGGGACCCGCAUUUGGACCCUGGCGAAUCAGAUCCUCCUGAAGCUGGCCCCAGCUCAACGGUGGACAAGUCAUGGCAGGAGGGACUUGAUGACCGGGGUCGUGCUGCUCUUGCUUUGUGCGACCUUCCCCCCUUGGAUGCUGCGCUCUCCAACUCUCCGCCCUCAUCACGAAGCCGUCGCCACACAACCCUUAAUGGCGUAAGGCCCCUCCCGUCCCGCUUGACUGGCCUCGAGUUCAAGCUUAAUAUGCUCCAUACUCGCCUCCAUGCCGCUCGGACAGCAGCACGUGCCACCCAGCGGAUGCUAGAUGCUCGAUUUGGUGUGCUAGGACGGGAGCUCGAUGUCCGGAGUGGGCUUCCAGAGACCAACUCAAGCCAACGCGGAGGAGAUAUGCGGCAUUUAUUCCGUGCAUUAACCCGUGUAGACCCAGAUCGAAGGCGGCCACCAGUCGAGGGUGGGCCACCGACUACCCCUCGAAAAGCGAGAACGCCAGGCAGAGAACGGACACCCGGUAGGGAAAGGACGCCAGGCAGACCGUGA